CCAAACUUGUGUUCUUUAUCAGGAAUGACACUUCAACGUUGACAGAUACCUCACAUCCGGACGUGAGAAUUCGAUUUGAAAUAGCUCCUGCGAACUUUGUACGAUCACCUCCUGUUUUCGUCUUCGAAUUCGAACACCGAACCAUUUCUUUUGCAGCGUCUCAUCCUGAUUUCCACACGCAUGGCCGGGGUCAAAAUGCUCUUGUCCCUUCUGCUUCUUGCCGCCUUCGGCAUAAUGGCUCGGUGUGGGGCCUCGACGGAUCCCGGACUGGAGCCCCAGAAGCCCGUUUUACCAAUCCACCACCCGUUUAAACCAGCUCCGCCCUCUCGGGCUAUCAAAGCAGCUUACUGGCCGUCGUCUGAUGGAUUCCCUGCGUCAUCCAUAGACACCUCGUAUUUCACUCACAUUUACUAUGCGUUCCUCUUGCCCGACCCGGCAACGUUCAGGCUCAACGUCACUGCGUCUGACCAAACCAGGCUGCCUGGAUUCACGGGCACGCUGCAAAAGCGAAAGCCAGCAGUCAAGACCCUCCUAUCCAUAGGAGGAGGCGGGUCGGACCCGAACGUGUUCUCCAGUAUGGCGAGCAGCUCGGAAACUCGUGCAGGGUUCAUAAACUCCACCAUUGAAGUAGCUCGAAAAUACGGCUUCAAUGGGGUUGACUUGGACUGGGAGUUUCCAGCUGAUGAACAAGACAUGUCGAACCUCGCUUUGCUUUACAAAGAGUGGAGAAAAGCUCUGGCAGGCGAGUCCAAAAGAAGUGGUAAAAGCCGCUUGUUACUGACGUCUGCUGUGUACUACGCGUCAGGAUUUCAGGUUUCCGGGACGCCCAGAUCGUACCCCGGUCAGGCGAUCCGGAAGUACGCGGACUGGGUUAGCCCCAUGUGCUUCGACUAUCACGGGUCAUGGGAGAAUUUCACGGGCGAGCAAUCCGCACUUUACGAUUCGAAGAGCAACAUCAGCACAAGCUACGGAAUCAGUUCGUGGAUUCAAGCCGGUGUGCCGCCCCGAAAGCUGGUGAUGGGCCUGCCAUUGUAUGGGAGGACAUGGACGCUCCAGAAUCCGAAUGCUACCGGAGUUGGGGCUCCAGCAGUUGGGACGGGUCCUGGAGACGGUGUCUUGACAUACAACCAGAUUGUCGAUUUUAAUGUACAGAACCAUAAAACUGUCAAAUUCGACAAGGAGUCGGUGUCGUACUACUCAUACGUUGGAGUCUCUUGGAUUGGCUAUGAUGAUGUUCGGUCUGUACGGAGGAAGGUCCGAUUUGCGCGGUCUCGGGGCUUGGGCGGGUACUUCUUCUGGGCUCUCAGCCAGGAUAAGAACUGGAUUAUCUCAAGACAAGCCGCAAGAGCAUGGGAUCACUGAUGAACUUGGAAAGAUUGUUCGCGGGCACAUGACGAUUCUAAUAAUUGCGUUUAAUCCAUUUGAAAUUGUUCAAUUAGUCGCUUUUCA